AGCGGGAGUACCGCUGAGGCAUCACGAUAGUUGUCGAUCUAUCUAUCUAUAUAUAUAUUAUAAUUCUUUGUUUCCAUCCUGUUUUCGCAUCUGCGCAAUCCCAUGUCCGGUUGUGAUUGGUGUUCCGCCUGCGCCGAUGAUCUGUCGACCCCACGAGGCUGCGACUUCGAUGCGUGAAACAACCAGGAAAUCUGACCACUAUACACCGUCCUCGGCAAAUACCCGUUCAUCAUGCUGUCCCAACGGCGCAUGAGGCUGCUGGCCGUCGUCGUCUUUACGUUGAUCGUGAUCGCGCUGUAUUACUCGAGAGACAGUCACCAGGAGCAGAACCAGAAGUUUUACAAAUCCACUGUAGCCGCCAUCGAGGCGCAAAAGGAGGCGGCGGAGUUGGAGAAGACGGCAGCGAAACAGCGACCGGCGCACAGAAAGCCCGCUGAAAAGCCGCCGCCGAUCGAUGACGAUACGAUGAGACCUGCUACGCCUAAGAACCCGGAUGAUACCGAGGAGAUCUCCAUCGCGGGGAGGACGAAGAUAACUGUUCCCAAGAACAGGGACGACCCGGUACAGCAAGGAUCGGAAUCGCCUAGUAAUCCUCAGGCGGAUGACAAGACUCAGGCGGACCACAAGACUCCUCAGGCGGACGAUACUCCCAAGACGGACGACGCGCCUGAGGGCGACGCGAAGACCGAGCUCAAUUCUAUUCUGAAGCGAGCACCCAUUAUCAUCUUUUCCAAAUCCUAUUGUCCGUUUAGCGCACGCGCCAAAUUCCUUCUCCUGAACAGAUAUUCGAUUGUGCCUGCGCCGUUCGUGGUGGAGCUUGACAAACACCCGCUAGGACCACAGCUGCAGACUAUUGUGGCUGAAAAGACCGGUCGUCGCACUGUGCCUAAUGUGCUGGUCAACGGGAAGAGCAUCGGAGGCGGCGACGAUGUGACUGCGCUCGACGAGAGCGACGAGUUGGUAACCACGCUGAAGGACUUGGGUGGGAAGUGGAUUCAGGAGGUCACUCGACACGAAGCAGGGCCUUGACCUCUCAAAGACAGUUGGAGUCGUAGGCUCCCUUCGAAACUUACUUACCCCUAUGGAUAGUCGGCGUUUUCAUUUCUUUCGAUUCUAGGUAGUUGAGCUUUGUUUGUGUAUAUAUUAUACCUGAGGGGUUGGGUAGAUAAGCACGAUUAGUU